AUGGCUUCACUCAACUCCACGUUUGGCGCUACGCUCGUUGCGAUCGUUGUCGAGGCGACCCUGUAUGGCAUCACACUGUUGCAGACCUUCUUCUACUUUAGGAAGUACCACUCUGACCAUUGGUUCACCAAGUCUCUCGUUAUCAUUCUCACCUUCCUCGAUACUCUUCAUCUCGUACUGGCCCUCCACACAGUAUACUGGUAUCUGGUGACCAACUUCGGCAACUCCGAUAACCUCAACAACUCUGUAUGGAGCCUGAAUGUUCAGACGGACUGUCAAACUUUCAUAACCGUUAUCGUCGAGUGUUUCUUCGCGCGUCGUCUAUGGCUGAUGGGAAAGAAUUGGCUUCUCGUGACGACAAUCGUUGUCAUGGCACUGCUUCAGAUCAUCGCCGUCAUCAUCUUCACCAUCGAGUCCUUCCGCCUCGUCCAGUUCGCGAAGUUCACGACUUUGACGUGGGAAAUCUGCCUGGGCCUUGGUGCAUCGGUGGUGGGCGACGUCAUCAUCGCAGCCUCAAUGUGCUACUACCUGUACCGCAGACGCACCGGCCUCGGCAAGACGGACUCUGUGGUCACCAUGUUGAUGGUGUACAGCGUCAACAGCGGCGUAUUGACCAGCAUCGUCGCGCUGCUCUCCCUCAUACUGUUCCUCGCGAUGCCGACGAACCUCGUCUGGAUCAGCGUGUUCUUCCUGCUCGGAAAGUGCUACGUCAACGCCUUCCUCGGCCUUCUGAACAGCCGCGAACAGCUCCGCUCCGGCCUCGGCGGCAUCGUCACGCUCAGCGAGUUCGCGGGCGGGCUCGACGGCUCGACGGCCCGCGGCGCGGCGCGGGCUCCGUCCGGGGACGCGGCGGCGCGAAGGCGACGCGUCGACCCCCUGCCGGACCCGGAGGACGCGAAGGGGAGAGGGAGCCCGGGGGAGACUUGGUGA